AUGGAAGAAAUUCAGUACUGCCGAGUAGCUGUUGUAUUGCUUUGUCUAGUUAUAUUUUCUAGACUCGGUUAUUCAGCUUCAAAAUCUUCGGGAUUCAGCAUUAGGCUUAUCCCAAGGGACUCUCCGGAGUCCCCUUUAUAUCAACCUAACCUUACUCAACAUGAAAGAAUUGAAAGAAUGGUUAAUAUCAGCCACGCGAAAGAUGAACUAAUGACACUGCAUUCUACUCCAAAUGUGACGUUCGAUGAUAAGUAUUUUGCCCUUCUAGACCGUCAACUUACCUUCUAUGUUGCGAAGAUUAUGGUCGGAAACCCCGCUCAAACUUUGUUCUUAAGCGUAGACACAGGCGGUGGCUUGAUUUGGACGCAAUGUCAACCUUGCAUACAUUGUUUCCCCCAAAUUAAUCCCAUUUACGAUCCCCGAGCUUCAUUUUCUUACCAGAAAGUUUUCUGCGAAAGCCCUCAUUGUAGCUACGAGGACGACAACAGCCAAUUCGACUGUGUUAACGAUGAUUGUGUCUACAGCAUUACCUAUUUUGGUGGUGGUAUUGGCCCAACAGAAGGUUUUGUAUCUUUGGAAUCAUUUCAUCUUUUCAGUAGCACAAGGGGUGAUACAGAAGAAUUUACUGUUCUCUUCGGCUGCUCGAAUAAUAACCAAAAUUUCCAGUAUGAACAAAUGCAGAAUAACAUGGUUUCCGGGAACUUGGGAUUAAACUUAGAUCCGAAUUCACUAGUGAGCCAAUUGUCAGUUUUCAUCGAUGAAAUCUUCUCGUAUUGUAUUGUUCCUUAUGAUCAAAAUUUUCCAUUUGAUGUGCAUCCUCAUGUACUCAGGUUUGGGGAUGACGUUCAUCUUCCUCAGGGAGACAUUCCAACAGUACACUAUGUAGUUGUUGAAGAUAGUUAUUCUUAUUUCCUUGAUGUUUCCGAUAUCAGCAUUGGAAAUCUUCGGUUACAAUUACCACCCGGUACCUUUGACGUUGGAGGGAAACCUGGUUUCAUCAUAGACUCGGGAGCUCCAUAUACUAGACUUGUGGCAAAUUCCGGAAGCGGGGUCAAUGUUUUUGGAUUGGUGAUGACAACAUUGAGAGAUCACUAUAAUUCUUAUGAGCUUGUGAGAGUACGGCAGUCUCAACACGGUACUACAUUCCAGCUUUGUUAUUUCAACCAACCGAAUUUCAGAGAUUUUCCAUCACUGACCUUUCAUUUCAAUGGAGCAGACUACAUAGUAGAUGGCAGGUUUGUGAAUGUUUAUUACGAUGGAGGAUAUUUCUGUGUAGGAAUAUUGAACGCUCGAUCGAAAUCUGUUCUAGGAGCAUAUCAUAUGCAAAAUAUGCGAAUCAUUCAUAAUGCCAGAAUCAACGCGAUUCAGUUUUUCCCAGAAGAAUGUGCUAACGAUCAUUUUUAG